CUGUCAUUGUAUUAAUAUAGACAAGUACUUAUGUACUUAAGCAUCAAUCUGAAAAGAAAGACGAUAAGACCCCGCGAACAAAGUGCUAACCUGUUGAAUGCCUGUGUGGCCGCGAGUAUAGCUUCAUUCUCUCUCGGCUUCCCCGGCGGAGCGGUCGUUAUCGAACGAGACCCAACUCCACAACAAUAAGUACACGUUCUCUGAAGCCAGUGUUGUGUGUAUAAUCAUCUCGUGCGGUGAGAUAGUUGGAAAAUGUCGUGUUUCGGUGGCAGCGUGCUGAUCCCCGAUUGAGUAAGAAGUGUACUGUGAUGUUCAGUGUAGUGUGAUGAUGUGAGUGAAGUGAAGUGCUAAAUAAAAAGGAAAACCGACAUCAUGUUGCCCACAAACGUUAUGUCCUUCAUGAAAAAGAUGGUGGCAACGGACGACUCAUCAAACACGGUGCCCGGCCACAUAGAGUCGCCGGGAACCUUCGGCAAACUGCGACAGACCCUGUCGUCCUCUCUUCUCACUGCUCAGGACAAAGUAACAAAGUUGGGUCCGCGACAAGUUGCGCCGGAGCCGACCCCGGAGCCUACACCAGCGCCGCCGCCUGCUCAACCGCCGCCCACCGCUGCACAAAUAUCUAAGACUGAACGUGAGGCUGGUAAAGCGCCAUCACGAGCGGGUGCGUGCCGUGUGUGCUUGAAGGCUCUAAAGCCGGGAGAGGUGUACCACACGUGCAACGGCUGCCAGCACCGCGUCUGUGAGGACUGCUCCUCCUACUCAAAGCCAGCCAGUGAUGAAGAUGCAAAUUCAUGGCGCUGCUCGGUGUGUCGCCGGAAGGCCGCACCGCGCCUACCCCCUGCCGCACAAGACAGUACAGACUCAUUACUGGAUGUCCCUGUGCUGGAAGCCCUACAACGUCGGCACUCGGAAGCCAGGCUCGGCAGCGGCGGCAGCAGUGCUGGCCUAGCACCCCCACGCUCACCUGAACUCAGGCGACAUUCAGAUGUAUCACCAGCCUCGCUUAAAGAACUUGAGAAGUUAAAGGGCGGCGGCAGUACUACGCCGACGGUGGAGUCACGUCGGCCGAGCACAGUGACACCAGCACGGCGCCGCUCUGUGCGCGCCCCGCGACAACGUUCCUGCGACGAGGACCAGCCACACUCUCCCGCACACCAGGCCGCUCCACUAGCGCCACCUAGCAUCUCAAGGAGAUCAUCAGCUGUAGACGUUGUAGCUGGUGCAACAUCGCGCCGUGGUUCAUAUCGUACAGAUGAACCAAGCUCCACUCCUCAAAUAGCUGCCGGCCUAAGUGUCGAUGAAGACCGACCGAUCAGGCGUCGAGGAAGCCAAUUGCCGGACAUAGCAGCUUUGCAACAAAAAACGGGAACUCUGGCGUUAGCAGCUUUAGCUUCUCGAAGCUCAGAUACAUCGUCAGAAUCGACCGUCACAGUCUCGGCAGCCACCAGCGCUGCGCUUGCAGCGGCCGCUCGGCAGAUGUCAGUUGAUGCAGAGGCUAUAAAGAUUGUCAUUCAUGACGUAGACGACCGUACACCACGCCGCGUAUCACUGCGUCGUGACCCCAACGACAAAGGACACCGCUCUCGCGGUUUCGGUAUGCGCGUUGUGGGUGGCAAGCCGGACGCGAGCGGGCGGCGCGAGGCUGUCAUUGUGUGGACCGUGCCGGGCGGACCCGCCGACCUCGCUGGCCUACAACAGGGAGACAAGGUGUUGGAGUGGGGCGGGGUUCCACUGACAGAGCGCAGCUUUGAAGAAGUAUGCGCGGUGCUAGAGCGCGGCGGUGACAGUGUUGAGCUACUGGUGGAGCCAGCUCCGCAGAUGGAGGACCAACCCUCGCAGGCUAGCCAGCCCUCUAUGCAUCACCACGCGUUAUACGAACCGGAUACCGACAAAUCACCAUCUUCGCCGACCCGACGGAAAUUGCCGAAAACCCCGGAGCAAGACCGAGCAGAGCGCGCACGCGAGCGCCCGCCAGCUCGUGCUCAACUGCAGGUGUGGUUCGAAUGCGACCUCCGCAAGCUCGUGGUGGUACUCAUCGCGGCUGACGACUUACCACCUCGAGACCACACUUUGGGAUAUGGAGAUGAACCAGAAGCUUUCGCUAGGAUACGCCUCCUACCUUCACUAGAGAGCUGCCCUCCUGUGGAAACCGACCCAGCCUCGGCUUCGUGUAGCCCGGUGUGGAAUGCUACGCUAAGCUUUGGAGGUCUUACAGCUGACUUGCUUGCUGGCCGAGCUUUAGAGCUUACUUUAUGGGAUGCCUGUCCAGGCAUUGACCCCGUUUUGAUCGGAGAAUGCACAAUGGAAAUCGAAAAAGCAUUCGCAGAGGAACGUGCAGUAUGGUGGACCCUGGAAGAGCGUGGACCCCGCUCAGCUAACGCAUCACCUCGCGGUUCGCUCACUGGUGCGCGCGCAUUACGCCGCGGAGACUUCGCCUCCCAGCGUUCAGUGUCAGACGACGUCGAUUCCAUCGGCGAAUGUGCAUCUUUACUGCACCCAGAUCAUGCGUGGGUUGGAGGGUCCAGGCGGGGCUCCUCGCAGUCAGAAACUCUUGAAGUGGAGGUUUACCAGCUUGGCAAAGAUUUUUCACGAUCUUUACCAGGCUCUCGUCGCUCCUCAUUCCAACAACAAGAAAAGGAAGGUGGUGGCGAUGUAUCGCCGGCGAUGAGUGCGCGACGCAACGAGCGACGACGUUCGUCGUGCGUGCGACGCGAUCCUGACGACAUACUGCGCUCGUUGCGCGCUGUCAAGGGAGAGCUCGGCCGCACGCUGUCGCUCUCCGGCUCCACGGCCAGGCGAACGGCCACGGGGCGAAAGGGCAGCAUGUGGGCGGCGGUGCCGGCGGCAGCGGCCUGUGACGCGCUGGCGGACGAGGACGACGCGGUGCCGCUCGGACCCGGCCAGCUGCCGCCGCGGAACGCUCAUCUGCCGCCAUUGCAUGCCGAGAUCAAUAUUAGCAUUAUUAUGAUCAAAGGACAACUGGAACUUGAGGUAUCUCAUGCUCGUCGCGUAUAUGGCGUGAACGGUGAAGUACCGGACUCGUACGUCAAGUGUUACCUGCGCGAUGGGGACAAGUGGCUGCAUAAGCGCAAAACUCGCGUCAUCAGGCGAACUACCGAGCCGCACUUCAAACAGACGCUCAAGUAUCAGGCGAGUGAGGCGCUAGGGCGCACUCUAGUGGUGAUGCUGUGGCAGCGCUGCGGCGGGUUCGAGCACAACCUUGCUCUGGGAGGUGCCGAGAUCUGUCUCGACAAGCUCACGCUUCCACAGCGCACGUACGGCUGGUACCCACUGUUCCCUGCCACCUCCUUCGCCAACGACGAGUCGCCCGACUGAUCCAGGGAGCCGUCGCCGGAGCGCCGUGAUGACAACUAGCGCACCUCGACGGCUCGAUACGUUCCAUGAAAUAAUAUGAUUGUAUUUAUCUCCGCCGUGCAUGUUUAUUAUACAUAUUCGCCCACAAUGCUGCAAGUAUUGGACUGAUAUAUGUGUUUGUUGUAUUUAUUCCCUCAUUGUAAAUACUGUGGUGUAGUACAGAUCACAACGUAUGUAACGUGACGUUAUUCUUGGCUCAUUCAAUUCACAGUCAAAAUAAUAAGAGCAUUAAUUAUUAUAGUGCCUCCAGAUCAAGAAUGAUUCCCCCUGGUUCUGACCUGCCUUCAUAAUAGGAAAUCUCUCAGGGCAUUUAACAACACCAUCUUAGACUGUAGUUUAAUGAAAAGGAGCUUAUUGUAGAAAAGUGCUUCAAAUUUUUAAGUGUGUAUGUUAUGUCCAAAUGUGGAUGUGCCUAAUAAACGAUUAGGCCUUGGAUAUAGUAAUUUAUUAUUAGCUCAAGGGAUAUUGUAUUUUAUUUAAAUGAUGAAAUAUCAUGAUGAUUGUGCUUAACCCUGUAAAACGCAUGUCUGUAGCAGUUUUCAGUUUAACUUAUAAAUGUGUAAUUACCAUAUAAUUCAGGAUAUUCAGAAUAUUUAGCUUAGUACAACACACUGUAGAACAUUUCAUGUGCAGUACAAUAGACUAUAUAUACAUAUACCUACUUAAUAGAUAUAAGGAAACAAUGUGCGAUGUAUAAUGUAUAUCUCUUGGUAACUAUCACUUUCACUAAACUUUCUUAGAAAGUAUCGUACAAGUUAAAGAACAUUUUUCUUCUUGACUGUCAUGGUUCUUAAUGGAAUAUUAACUAAUCGUUAGUGUCUCAGUACAUAUACCAUUGUACCUAUUUCUAAGUAUUUAAAUAUUCGAACCAACACUAUCUUAUAACAUACGUCAUCUAAUAAACCCCAACUUUGACACUUUGCCUUAUAUGAUUAAUACAUUUCUAAAGUUAUUCUAGUAAGUAAGCGCGUCUAGAUACUAUUCUUCCAAGGUUGUGCUUUAGUGAAUUUUCCAAAGUAUACCUACUUGUUUUACAAAUCAUCACUCUAUACCAAAGUGGUAAAAAAUCGUUUCUUCGUGUCAAUAUUCUUAUUCUAUGAACUGUAAAUAGUUAUUGUGAAAUUGUUUUUCAAAAUUUUCUACGCACAACAUUUUCGUGAUAGAAUUUAUAGUAAAUCUUUUAUAAUACCUUCAUUCAAAAAAUAUGUACACAUUUCUGACAAAUACCUUUAUAACUAGUACAUUUCAAAGAUGUUACAAUAUUACGUGUUUAGAAAUCAUGUCAUAGAUGUAGACCAGACAUUUCUGCAUUGUAAUAUUGAUGUGAUCUGUUUAUAUUAAGUAACGAGUGUAGUGCGAGGGCGAGCUAGUGGCCCUUAGAGCGGCACCGCCUAGCGACACAACCAUAUCGCGCCGGCUCGUUUAGUUAGAACACACAAACUCAUUUAGUAGAUAUUUUAAUAUUCGUGAGAUAAAUGAUAUUUUGAUCAUUGGUGUUAGUAACAAACUACAUAUCCUGUGAAAAGUACCUACAUGUAAUGUAAAAUAUAUCUUGUCGAAAUCUGUGUUCUUCCAGUGCUAUCAUAGCUUAGUGGCUCACCCGACAAUAUUUCUCUUGCUUACAGUCACCGUAGCACGGAGUGUGCGCAGUGGCACUGACACUCAGUGACGUCACUUGGUAGCACGUGCCAUGUUAGUGCCACUGCCACCAAGUACUCCAAAGAGUUUACGGUGCAUCGUUUUAUUUUGUUUAUCGUGGUUGUACAUUUCCCAAGAGAGAGAAGUAUUUAUUAGAGAGAUCUAAAUAUUCACUUAUAGAUUACUACUUAAAUAUUAAAAUACUCGAAUAAUUCAAAUGCCUAAGUAUAUAUCAGGUAUUAAGUAUAUUUUUACACUAUAAUUUUUGUAUUCGAUUAAGUUGAACAAAAUAUACAUAAUAUUUAUAAAUGUAUCAAUGAAAAAUCUAGAUAUUUAAUAAUGUAACUAUCAAUUCUGACAAAGUGUUAGGAUCGAUCUACUUACGCUUAUUAUCUUGAUAUGUUAGAGUAAAGUAAUAUUCUUACGUAAGUGACGUAUGUAUGUAAAACGUAAUCUAUGAUGUGCCUCGAUGAGCCCCGAUACCGGCGGUCACACGUCCCGCGCCGUGCUCGCCACAGCCCGACUUGUGAUGUGGUAUCGGAUAUCAUACUAUGUACCUUCCUUACUUUAGCUAUAGUUAUAUAUCGUUACUUCUUAGAACACGAUCAUUUCCACAUUCCGUGCCUUGAUAUACGCUGAAAAUGACUAACGCUUUCACAAGCCUCUGCAAAUAUUAGAAAUAACUUUAUGGCCUAAACCGCAAACACUGAUUCAAUAAUGUUUGUAUUCAAUAAUAAACUGAAACCAGUUCUUCUUGCACCCACUUUUCAGCUUUAAUCAUAGGAACGGAAUGAAUCUCUACAAAUACUAGUACGUAACAAAUACAUAUGUGUGUCAAAGUAUAUUAUUAAAUAAAUGUGAUAACAAAUGAGUUUAUUAUAGCGAUAUAAACAACAAAAAUACGUUUUAUUAUUUCCUCGAAACAAGAAGCCAUCCUUUGGUUUUAUUGUACGGAAACAAUACAAGGAAAAUAUAUUAAAACAAGGCAAGACGAAAGAAAUUAUGUUUUUAAAUCUUUUUAUUGUAACAACAUACAAUAAUAAGAACAUACAACUAUUUGCAAAACCACACGAUAACACUAAAACACCUAUCUUAUGGAAACCCCUAAUCUGUUCACUACGUUUACCAUCACAAUAAUUUAAAACGUUGCAUAGUACUAAAUAGAGAUAGGCAAACAGUUAUAAACAAUAACCACAGAUACAAUUGUAGCAUAAUUAUUGACGUGUGAACUAUAAAAAGAAGGGUCAAGAUAUGUCAUUAGAAUGUCUAUACAUGGUGAUAGUCUGCUGGCCCGCACCAGGCCUCCACGUGUUGCAGUAAGGCGGCUGGUAAACCACCACUGCGAGAUGCACUCACCACUCGAGACCACCAUUCACGGUUUGCACAACGACCUUGACAUAAUUUAGGACUUUUUAAUACAUUACCUAACAUAAGUAUAAUAAAUCCCGGAAUAUUGCUCAUGAAUAUGAGCCUCUAACAAACAGUUACGUGAGUAAGCCGAAAACAUAAUAAUGAAUAUAGUAUGUCUCACGAAACUUGUAAUAUAAACAUCAAAAAUCUAGUGUUUUUUUUAAGGGGGAAAAUUAUAUCGAAUGACUGCUCCCGCCUGGGUGAGGCGGGAGGGAGUGUCAGACUCUUACUGACUAAAAACCAUCCCGUUCCUACUCCUGCACGUCGAGCCGGAGCCCCGGUAACAAAAAAUCUAGUGUAAAUAUAUAGAAAAGUUAGUUGCUGUCAGUAAGUAAAGUAUCAAUCGUCUAAAACGAAGAAACGAUCCCACACAAUAUCGGGAAGUACUUAGAGGCUGACGCGUUGUUAUCAUAAUAUAACGUAUAACAUCAUAGAGGCCAUGUUUAAUUAAUGUAUCAUAACGUGCGAGCUUCGUCGAGCCGCCACUUAAUAAGGCUAUAUGUCAUCAGCGCCCCUACCCGCUUCGGGACGGCUUCACGACACCCAUAAUUAAUCAACUUGCUAGGGACCCGAUGUAUGAAAAAUUACUAUUUGUCAAAACAACGAUUAUAAGGGUUUCGUAACAAAAGAUUACUUGUGUUACAUGCUUAUAUUUCAGAUUGUAUUUAACUUUAGGAGUCAGUCAUAAAGUUAAUAGUCGUUAAGAAGUUGAAGCUAAGGAAAUGAUUUAGUGACCUUUGUCAGCCGCUGAACUUUAGUGACAGUUUCGUUUUGUCAAAGUCACAGAAUCGUUCAAACUUAUUAUGUUAAUUUCUUUGGUUCUUAAGAAUAAUGUAAAGACUUACCAUUAGUAAAAGUGACCAGUCUGGAUCCUAGUGGGUAGCCGGUAACCACACAGCAAGGCUCUGUAUCAGCCACACUAGACGCGUACAUGCCGCGUCCAUCAACCGGUAACGUCUGUUAAAUAGUAUAA